AUGGGUUUCAUGGAGUGCAAUGUAGAGGACAAUAAGAAUCUAUACCUUCAUACCCCAACUUUCAUUGAGUGGCUCAAACCUUGUCCCUCCCCUUCAUAUCCAAAUUCAUUAUCAUCUUCGUCUUCAUCAUCAUCGUCAUCUUCUUCUUUCACUCAGAACGAACUUGUUCAGGAAACUAUCCAAUUCUUGCCCGUUCUGAGUGAAAAAGCCUCAAAAGAUGAAGAUCAUGGAGUUAAAAUGGAGGGUUUUGAGGUGAAGGAAGAAAAUAUUGAACAAGUAACUGUAGCUUUGCACAUUGGAUUGCCUCACACUAGAGGAGAUGCUGAUGUUGAUGAGAAGAAGAUUUUCCUUGUUAAGGAAGAAGAAGAGUCCUCUAAGAGAAGCUUCCAUGGAUGCACUUUUAACCAAGAGAGAAGGUUUUGGAUACCAACUCCUGCACAGAUCCUUGUUGGGCCUAUGCAGUUUGCUUGCUCCAUAUGUAGCAAGACCUUCAAUAGGUAUAACAACAUGCAGAUGCAUAUGUGGGGGCACGGAUCCGAAUAUAGGAAAGGACCAGACUCACUUAAAGGAACACAACCAGCAGCAAUGCUAAGGUUACCAUGUUAUUGCUGUGCCGAGGGUUGCAAGAACAACAUCAACCAUCCAAGAGCUAAGCCAUUGAAGGACUUUAGAACACUCCAAACCCACUACAAAAGAAAGCAUGGCACAAAGCCAUUUAUGUGCAGAAAAUGUGGGAAAACAUUUGCAGUCAAAGGGGAUUGGAGGACUCAUGAGAAGAACUGUGGCAAGUUAUGGUAUUGCACUUGUGGCUCAGACUUUAAGCACAAAAGAUCCCUUAAAGAUCAUAUUAGAUCCUUCGGAAAGGGACAUAACCCUCUUCCUCCUUUUAAAGCUUUUGAGGAUGAGAAGGAAUGCAUUACUGGAUCAGAUGAAGAUGAAGUUAAUGCUCAUACAUGAUCUCUAAGUUAACAUUCUAUAACUUUCCUUUAAUUAUAAAGAGUAGUAGUAUCAGUAGUAGUAGUAACUGUAGAAGAACUUGGUCACUACGCUUGUGCUCAGUAACAAAAAAUUCUCAACAAUUGCUGAGGCAUGAACACACAGGGAAAGGUUUGCUACCGAGCACUUGCAGGGUGGUGAUAAUCUAUCAGAGUAUUAAUAGGGGUUUGGAUGAUGAGUUUGCUUUGUGGUUAAUUAAUAAGAUGGUUCCUUCAAGGGAUGAAGUAGAUGAAUUUUCUUGUCAUAGCAAGAGA